AUGUCCGCUACGUAUUUCGAUGCAGAUACUAAAGUAUGGAGUGGUUUCUAUUCACCGAUUGUAUUUAAUCCAAAAAUUUCAUUGGGUCAUGCUAUUCUGUGGACAUUGGACAAAAAUCCGCAUAAAAUACUACAGAUCAAUCAUGAAACAAACAUCCAGCUGACGAGUGCGUUUAUGAGACGCCAAACCAUUCGAGCUGCGUUUAAUCUGCAAAAAUUGGGCUGUGAAAAAGGUGAUAUAUUUGGCAUAAUUGCUAAGAAUAGCCAUUAUGUGGCAACGAUUGUGUUUGCAUCACUUUGUAUUGGGUGCCCUGUGAAUACGCUGGAUCCAUCAUUUACAAAACUGGAACUCAUGCACAUGCUUUCAAUUACCCGGCCAAAAGUGAUGUUCUGUGAUGCCAGCAUUUAUGACCUAGUGCAAGAAUGUUUGAAUGAUCUUGAAAACGAUGCAAAAAUAUUCACAUUCAGUGGUCAGUCAGGGGAUUCAAUCCCAGUGGAAGACUUAUUUGAAGAAGUCGAAGGCGAAGGUACAUUUUGCCCAGUCGAACUUGAUGGUGAAAAUACAAUCGCUGCAAUUAUUUGCACGUCCGGUAGCACGGGAUUGCCGAAAGGUGUUUGCCUAUCGCACGCAAUUAUUUUGCAUCAAAGUGUCAAUAGUUUUGCUCGAGAAGAUGAUACACUUUUAACGUUCAGCACAAUUUAUUGGAUAUCCGGUCUUUUACUCAUGAUUUGUAGUGCAAUCAAAGGAUUUUGUCGAAUUAUAUCAACGGAACGUUUCACCCCUGAGCUUAUGCUGAAUAUGAUUGAAGAGCAUCGUGUAACAUAUUUCAUGCCCGACGAGAAAUUUGCGAAUAGUCGCAAUGCGAUAUUCCGCAAAUUUCUCGUCGGGAUGAGCGCAAGUCAUUUUUUGGUAUUGGCUUUAAAGUGUGAGCAAUUCUAUCGAACGGAUUUAUCGAGUAUUCGUGUCAUAAUGUGUGGUGGUAGUAAAUUGGCGAUAAAUACAGCGUUGGAAAUGAAAAAGUAUUUGAAAAAUGGUUCCAUACUGCAAGUGUAUGGAAUGAGCGAGGUGGCUGGUUGUACGUCGGCUGGAACAAUCGAAAAGGAAAGCGAUACGUCGGUGGGGCAAUUGGUGUUUGGUACAAAAGCGAAAAUAAUUGAUGAUGACGGGAAUCAGCUCGGAAUAAAUGAACCUGGUGAACUUUGCACGAAAACUAAGUUCAAAUUUCUCGGUUACUUCAAUAAUGAAGAAGCAACAAAUAGUGUCAUCGAUGAAGACGGUUUUUUGAGAACUGGCGACAUUGGCUAUUUCGAUGAUGAAGGCAAUCUUUUUUUGGUUGAUCGGAAGAAAGACAUGAUGAAAUACUGUUCAUCGCAAAUAUCUCCCACUGAACUCGAGCAAUAUUUAAUCAAAAGUCCAAUCAUUAAAUCGGUGUGUGUCGUUGGCAUCCCAGAUCAAGAAGUAGGUGAUCUACCAGCAGCGGUUAUCGUUCAAAAUGAUAACGAAACGCCCAUUACAAGCGACGAAGUCGAACAAAUGAUUACGAAUCAUUUUGCGGACUACAAGCGAUUGCGAGGUGGUGUUUAUUUUGUUGAAUCAUUGUCGCUGACUCCCUCGGGGAAGGUGCUCCGACGGUGUGUCAAAGAAAUCGCUAUCAAACUAUACAAUGAAAAACAUGAAACAGACUUCCUUGCACACUCCAAAAUCGAAGUCACAUGCUCUCCAUUCGAACAUGUAUAAAAUUGCAAAAAUACAUGUGUUUUCAUUAAAAUUCUUUG